AUGGCAAAUACAGGCUUGUUACCAUUUGUGCGUGGUGUGGAUUUUACUAGCAAUGACUUCAGUGGUGACAAAUUCCCCGAUGCUAUCCGAUAUAUGACCGGUUUGCAAUGGCUCAGACUCGAUAAAACAAACUUAGAAGAGAUUCCCGAAGAAUUGGGAAAACUUAUGAAAUUGGAAAAUUUGUCACUCAAAAAGAAUAAUCUAGAAAAGUUAUUUGGAGAAUUGACAGAGUUAAAGUGUCUAAGAUCUUUGAAUGUUAGGCAUAACAAUGUGAAGACAUCAGGAAUACCUGCUGAACUAUUCAGAUUAGAUGAUCUAACUACUCUAGAUCUUUCUCAUAAUAGGCUAAAGGAAGUUCCUGAAGGGCUAGAAAAAGCUAAAUCACUGCUUGUGUUAAAUCUGAGUCACAACAAGAUAGAAAGCAUACCACCCACUUUAUUUGUUCAGUUGACGGAUCUACUGUUUUUAGACCUAUCUAGUAAUUUACUGGAGACUCUGCCCCCUCAGACUAGAAGGUUGGCAAACCUUCAGACUUUAAUACUAAAUGAUAACCCAUUAGGAUUAUUUCAAUUGAGACAGUUACCGUCUCUACAAAGUCUAGAGACAUUACACAUGAGGAACACACAGAGAACACUAGCAAAUCUACCGACAUCACUCGAACCUCUCCAAAAUUUAUCUGAUGUUGACUUGUCCAAAAACGCCCUGACAAAAGUGCCUGAUGCACUUUACACAUUGCAAAAUAUAAAAAGACUUAAUCUAAGUGAAAAUGAGAUCACAGAAAUAUCUACUGCUAUGGACAUCUGGCAGAAACUGGAAAGUUUAAAUUUAUCCCGGAACAAACUUACAAGUUUACCAGCCACUCUGUGCAAGCUACAGAGUUUAAGGCGGCUUCAUGUAGAUGACAACAAGCUGGACUUUGAAGGAAUUCCUUCUGGAAUAGGAAAACUGGGCAAUUUAGAAGUAUUCUCAGCCGCUAAUAAUCUACUUGAAAUGAUUCCCGAGGGACUUUGCAGAUGCGGUUCACUGAAGAAGUUAAACCUUAGUUCGAACAAGUUAAUAACAUUGCCAGAUGCAAUACAUUUAUUGAGUGACCUAGAGAGUUUGCAAUUACAUGGCAACCCGGAUUUGGUGAUGCCACCAAAGCCAGUAGAGAGAGCGAGAGGAGCUGGUCUCCAAUAUUAUAAUAUAGACUUCUCUCUACAAACACAGUUACAAUUGGCUGGUGCGGCAACUCCUGAACUAGCAGACAACAAUAGUAUCAGUAAGUCGGACCCCAUAGCUCGUAAGCUUCGUCUUCGUCGUCGCGGUGAGGCUGAUAACUCCGAUGUUAUACUUCGAGGAAUGCAGGAACAAGCUAACACUCAACAUGCAGCCAAUAACGAUGAAAUGCCACACAGCGAACUAAAACCAAAACGCUGGGACGAAAGUUUGGAAAAACCACCGUUAGAUUACUCAGAGUUCUUCGACGAAGACACUGGUCAAGCUCCAGGUCUCCAGAUAUGGGAAAUUGAGAACUUCAUUCCCGCACCAGUUGAUGAAGUCGCACACGGUAAGUUCUUCGAGGGUGACUGCUACAUCGUACUGAAGACGUCCAUCGAAGAACAGGGACAGCUGUCUUGGGAUAUACACUUCUGGAUUGGAUCCAAAGCUACGUUGGACAAGGGCGCGUGUGCAGCGAUGCACGCGGUUAAUCUAAGAAACCUAUUGGGAGCCAAACGCACCCAGAGACACGAGCAAGGUGACGAGUCUCCAGAGUUCCUCGCGCUGUUCCCGACACCCCCUGUAUAUAUCAACGGCAGUAGAACACCCUCGGGCUUCUUUACUGUCGAUGAUCCGCAUUACGUGACCCGUCUUUAUCGUGUCCACGGCGCCGGUAGUUCCAUACAUCUGGAGCCUUCCCCCGUGUCAGCGAGUUCGCUCGACCCGAGAUACGUCUUCGUACUUGACACGGGAUUACGCAUACAUUUAUGGAAUGGCAAAAAGGCGAAGAAUACGCUAAAGUCGAAAGCGCGUCUGUUCGCUGAGAAGAUAAAUAAAGAGGAGAGGAAGAACAAAGCAGAAUUAAUAGCAGAAGUACCAGGAAAAGAAACAAAGAACUUCUGGCAGGUCUUGGGAUAUGAAGACGAUACGCCUUACGUGGCAGAAGAACAUGUCCCUGAUAACUUCACGUGGUCGCCAGCGAGAUUAUACCGCGUGGAGCUCGGCAUGGGGUACUUGGAACUGCCUCAGACUGAAGGAGCUCUUACAAGAACGAUAUUGGCCACCAGGAAUGUGUACAUACUAGACGCGCACCAGGAUCUGUUUGUAUGGUUUGGCAAGAAAUCAUCACGUUUAGUUCGAGCGGCGGCCGUGAAGCUCGCGCAGGAGUUGUUCAGUAUGGCGCCCAGAGAACCUCACGCACUGGUCACUAGGCUACAGGAGGGAACGGAAACACAGGUGUUCAAGACGUACUUCCAAGGCUGGGAGGAGGUGAUAGCGGUGGACUUCACGCGAACAGCCGAGUCAGUCGCGAGGACCGGCGCAGACCUCACGUCAUGGGCGAGGCAGCAAGAGACCAAGACGGAUCUAUCAGCCUUAUUCACACCUCGUCAACCCGCCAUGUCCCCAACCGAAGCGAAGAGUCUGGCUGAUGAGUGGAACGAAGACCUUGAAGCUAUGGAGGCUUUUGUUCUUGAAGGACGGCAUUUCGUUCGUCUUCCAGAUCAAGAGUUGGGCGUCUUCUAUAGCUGUGAUUGUUACGUGUUCCUCUGUAGAUACAUAUUACCUGUAGAGGCUGAUGAUGACUCGCCUGAAGCGGACGAAGUAGAUUCAGAAAGCGACAGUGUUACUUGGGUAGUAUAUUUCUGGCAAGGAAGAAAAGCACCUAAUAUGGGCUGGCUAACAUUCACCUUCGGCCUUGAAAGGAAAUUCAAACAACUCUGCAAAAGACUAGAUGUAGUCAGAACACAUCAACAACAGGAGAGCCUCAAAUUCAUGGCACAUUUCAGAAGAAGGUUCAUUAUACGAGAUGGAAAACGGAAUUUGAAACCGGAGGGCCGGCCUCCAGUGGAGUUGUUCGAGCUCAGAAGUAACGGCUCCUCGUUAUGUACGAGACUUGUACAAGUAAAACCAGACGCCAGUAUGCUGAACAGUGCCUUCUGUUAUAUCCUGAACGUGCCUUUGGAGGGUUCUAAGGAAGAGUCAUCAGCGAUCGUGUACGCCUGGAUCGGCUCUAAGAGCGACGCUGACUCCGCCCGUCUCAUAGAACUCAUCGCCAAUGAGAAAUUUAACAACGACUUCGUCAGUCUACAGGUGUUAACAGAGGGCAGUGAACCUGACAAUUUCUUUUGGGUGGCGCUGGGCGGGCGAAAGCCUUACGACGAAGAUGCAGAAUACUUAAACUACACGCGACUGUUCAGAUGUUCCAACGAAAAGGGAUACUUCACUGUCUCUGAGAAGUGGACGGAUUUCUGUCAAGAUGAUCUCGCUGAUGAUGACAUUAUGAUAUUGGAUAAUGGUGAGCAAGUGUUCCUGUGGCUCGGUGCUAGAUGUUCAGAGGUUGAAAUUAAACUGGCUUAUAAAUCAGCUCAGGUAUACAUUCAACAUAUGAAGACAACGCAACCAGACAGACCUCGAAAACUGUUCCUCACAUUGAAGGACAAGGAGUCUCGGAGAUUUACCAAAUGCUUCCACGGCUGGGGGGAACACAAGAAACCUCCCGAAUAA